AGCAUAAACCCAAUUAGACAAUGAGUUAUCGAUAACCCACAGUAUCAAUAGACUUACACAUCAAUUUCGAUAUGUCACAAAUGAUCCCACUGUAUCUUCUUCUUGCUCUCUUCGCAACCAUCCUCGCUCCAACAAGUGGAGAACCAGUAGGUGUAUGUUAUGGAAUGAUGGGGAACAACCUUCCGUCUAAACCAGACACCAUCGCUCUCUUCAGACAAAACAACAUCAGAAGAGUCCGUCUCUACGACCCAAACCAAGAAGCUUUAAACGCUCUUAAAAACACCGGCAUCGAGGUCCUCGUCGGCGUCCCCAACUCCGAUCUCCGUUCACUCACUAACCCUUCCUCAGCUAGAGCGUGGCUCCAAAACAACGUUCUUAACCAUCAUCCCGCCGUUAACUUCAAGUACAUCGCCGUCGGUAACGAAGUUGUACCGUCCAACGGCGGCGGCGAUGUGCUCCCUGCGAUGCGUAACGUAUACGAUGCUCUAAGAGGUGCGAAUCUUCAAGAUAGGAUCAAAGUCUCUACGGCCGUUGAUAUGACUUUGAUUGGAAACUCUUUCCCUCCUUCCGCUGGAGAGUUUCGUGGUGACGUUAGGUGGUAUAUCGAUCCCAUCAUCGGGUUCUUGACGAGCACGAACUCGGUGUUACUGGCCAACAUCUACCCUUAUUUCAGCUACAUCGGCAACCCACGAGACAUCUCCCUCUCCUACGCUCUCUUCACUUCUCCUAACGUCAUAGUUUGGGACGGAUCUCGCGGCUACCAAAACCUCUUUGACGCCUUGCUCGACGUCGUUUACUCUGCCGUAGAACGUUCAGGUGGUGGAUCUCUUCCCGUCGUCGUUUCGGAGAGCGGAUGGCCUUCAAACGGCGGAAACGCUGCGACUUUUGAUAACGCGCGAGCGUAUUACACGAACCUUGCGGCACGUGUGAGAGAGAACAAAGGGACGCCAAAGAGACCUGGGAGAGGUGUGGAGACGUAUUUGUUCGCCAUGUUCGAUGAGAAUCAGAAGAAUCCUGAGAUCGAGAAGAACUUCGGUUUGUUUUUCCCUAAUAAACAGCCAAAGUUUCCGAUAGCAUUCGCUGGCGUGAGGGAGGGUACGGCGGUCGAGUGAUGGUUUGAAUCGAGAUGAUGAUAAUAUGUGAUCUCACCAUGUAUAUGAGACUUCUAUGAAUGUUUGAAAUAAUAUGGGGGAGCGUCAGCGAUAAUCCCAUAAAUAAUCUCAAAUAAUAAAGAGUUUCCAGAGAUCAUAAAUUUGUUUUUUUUUGGCUGUUUGAAAUAAGAAGUACCUUGAUCCAUUUGGUUACUCUUGAUAAAUACCGUUGAAUUUUAUCAAGCUAGCCCUUUCAUUGUUCACAAUCUUACCGCCGAAUUGUUAGCUUGUUGAAUUA